CGACGAAAACCUUUGGUACCGCCAGCUGUCCUGUCCGGCCAUGGAUUCUCUGCAGGUUGCGUAACCCCAAUGGAGGGUCCCUCCCCCUACAACCCUCUCUCACUCUCCACCAUUCUCCACUCUCAUUCUUAUUCCGCACUCCACUCGCCGGAGUAUUCUGGAGGAGGUGCGGGGACGACGGAAUAGGAAGUUCUGUGAGAGUAAACGAAACGCCAACGCCGACGGAUUUGAGUAUUUUCCGGUGACAGCGAUCAUGAAGAAGAGCGGUGCGUCGGACGGCGAUCCAGCGGCGGCGGAAUUGAAGGAGGAGCUGCGGAAGGCGGUGGAGGCGAUUGUGGAUGGGGAUGGUGGCGAUUUGGAGCAGAUUGAUAGAGCGCAGCAAAUGCUGUGUGCUCUGAAGGAAUUGAAGGUGCAGAGAUUCGAUAAAGGUCGUUGGAGCGGCGGAGCGGCUGCCGGAGAGGUUCCGGAGGAGUUUAAAUGUCCGCUGUCGAAGGAACUCAUGCGAGAUCCUGUGAUUGUCGCCACUGGCCAGACUUACGACAGGCCAUUCAUUCAAAAAUGGCUAAAAGCCGGAAACAGGACAUGCCCCGAAACUCAACAAGUGCUUUCACACACUUCCCUCACACCUAAUCACUUGAUAAGGGAGAUGAUCCCAAAAUGGUGCAAGAACAACGGGAUCAAGUUCCCAGAUUCGAUUCGGUACACCGACGCCGACGGUUUGACAAAAAGUGAACGCAGCCGGUUUCUCGAUUUACUCGGGAGAAUGUCUGCCGUCUUGUCCGAACAGAGAGAAGCUGCUAAAGAAUUACGGCUGCUAACAAAGCGACUGCCUUCGUUUCGAUCGCUUUUCGGCGAAUCUCCUGAUGCCGUACCUCGGCUACUAUCUCCCCUCUCUCAAACCAAGUUUCAGAAUGAGCUGCACCCGAACCUCCAAGAAGAUUUAAUCACGACACUUCUGAACAUCUCCAUCCACGACAGUAACAAGAAGCUUGUAGCCGAGACACCUAUGGUGAUUCCCAUUCUAAUGAACGCAUUAACAUCGGGAACAAUCGAGACAAGGAGCAACGCUGCAGCAACCCUCUUCACAUUAUCGGCGCUCGACUCAAACAAGGUGCUAAUCGGUAAAUCCGGAGCUAUUAAACCCCUAAUCGACCUAUUGGACGAAGGUCAUCCUCUGGUGAUGAAAGAUGUCGCUUCGGCGAUUUUCAAUCUCUGCAUCAUCCACGACAAUAAGGUCAUAGCCGUUAGAGAUGGUGCAGUGGAAGCAAUUCUGAAAAAGAUUAUCAGUCGAACACAUGUUGACGAGCUGCUUUCAAUACUCGCAGUCCUCUCCACCAACCAAACGGCUAUCGACGAAAUGGGAAGGCUCGAUGCAGUUCCUAUCCUGUUUUGUAUAAUCCGGGAGACCUCCUGUCCUCGAAAUAAAGAGAAUUGCAUCGCCAUCCUACAUACGAUCUGUUUCAGCGAUCGGUCAAAGUGGAAAGAAAUGAGAGACGAGGAAAGCACACAUCGUGUAAUAUCUCACCUUGCACAAAAUGGCACUUCCCGAGCUAAGAGAAAAGCCAACGGCAUUCUUGAAAGAUUGAACAGAACCAUCAAUCUUACACAUACCGCGUGACGGGAGUGCUCUAAGUGGAUAUUCUGUAAAUUUUCGUUCCCUGCCGAGAUCGAGGUAUCUUCUGUUAAUUUCGAGCCCUUAUUAACUUUUGUGCAUAUGUUUUUUUUUAUAUAUAUAUAUAUAUAUAAGCAUGGUUUGAUCUCUAUGUGUUUUCGGUUUAUAUUUAUUUUGAAUAUAUUGUUUUGAAGCUUUCCUCUAAUUGCAUGUUUUACUUGUGGCAUGGUUUUUUAGAAGAUAUAAUUUUGAUAGUUUUUUUUUGUUAGGAUGUUUUAUUUUUUUUUAGAGUUAUCUUCUAUACAAUUAUGGAUUCUAAGAGUGCUCCAAAGGUUGUGUUUGUGUAGAAUGAUAGGUAUUUUGUAUGUUUUACCUUUGACAUAAUUUUGAUAGUUUUGGCCACUACUUCUUUAUUUAGGAUUUUAUUUUUUUUAUUUUUUUUAUUUUUUAAAAUUUUACUCCCUCUAAGCCAAUUCAAUAGAGUCUUUUAAAUUUUUAUUGGCUAGUGCCUAUAACUAUAAAGUAAUUGUAUGUGUAAUAAUAUAUUAGUAAUUUAAGUAAAAAUUAAUAGUAUUAUGAUAUUAGUGUAUGAUUAUCUUGAUAUUUUGAAGUGAGACAGACGAAAAUCGUAAUAAAGUUAUUUUGAAUUUAGAUGGGAAGAGUAUUUAGACAGGUAAAAUGUGAAAUAUUGUAAAAGUUUUGGGACAUCUCAAAUUAGAAAUAAUAGCAAAAGAUGUGUGACAGUAGCAUUAAAACGUUGUUUCCGCACAAGGAAUUUGAUUAUGUUUGCUUAUAUUGUCGUGACCGUAGCAUUAAAACGUUGUUCCACACCUGUCGGUGAUAGUUAGUUACAUGCUUGUUCUUUGGUGUGCGUCUCUUUCGCCGAAUAAAUGCUUUUUAAGAUAUUUCAUACGAUUCUUGUGAGAUUUUGCCAUUCUUGUGACUGUUUUAUUUGUUGUGUUCUUCCUUAUUCGUUCCGUUUUCAACCCUUGUUUUUACCAUCAUUGAAACUUCUUGAAUUGACGGCCAAAGUUAAUGGUAUGAAAGUUGGCGCCGUGUUGCUUAGUUUGCGCGAACACCACAUUGUCUAUGUGCGGAUAUGUUUAGGAUUACGCGGACAUAUUUAUUAUUUUUAUAUGCUUAUUAAGUCGAAAAACAAAACAAAAAAAUCAAAUAAUUGCAUAU